AUGUUGACUAAAGCCCUAAUUUUAUGUUUGUUAAGUCAGCAAAUUGAAGCAGAUAAAUUUAGUGCUGAACAACAACAGAGUAUAGUUAAGGCUCACAACGACUUUCGCCGUACUUUAGCUAAAGGUCAGGUCAGAGGUAAAGAUGAUGCCUCGUUUCCUGAAGCUGCUAACAUGAAUGAGUUGGUAAGUAUGCUGCCAGCCUAAACCAACCCUUGCCUUUAUCGUUCCUUAGACACUACCGUAUUUAGGCAUUACCGUACGGUUCUGUCGUAUUCUAAGAUUUAUUUUACUUCUAACUAUGCUUUAUUUUACAGCAGUUCUUACCGUACUCGAAACGCUACUUAUAUUAAAUUUUACCGUACCUUAGGGUAUACGGUAUCUUAGACUUUAUCGUAUAAGAGGCUAGACCGUAGCUUAUAAUUUAUUUUACCACAGGUCUUAUCGUACUCUAACAUAUACCUUUCUUUAUGAAUUUGUGUACCCAACGGUCUACUGUAACCCCUACCGUAUCAUAAGUUCUAUUGUCCCUAAGCCGCUAUUGUACCCCACGAUAGGCCGUAUCGUACCCUAUGCCAUACCAUGCUCUAGGCUAUACCGUACCUUAGGCUUACCUUGCCCUAGGCCCUACCUUUCUCUAAGCCUUAUCUUAAGCACUACUAUUUAGGCACUAUCCACUAUCUGACCCUAAACCUUACCAAAGUGUAAGCUCUACCCUAAAACUAAAAUCAGCCAAUCCAAAACUCUUUUUAAAAAAUUCAAUUUGUAGGUAUGGAACAGUGAAUUAGAAGAAGAAGCAGAAGAGUGGUCGAAAAACUGUAAAUUUGACAAUCCUGAACACAUGGAUUACGGUCAAAAUCUGGCUGGUGCUUCUCCGUAUUAUUCACCAAAUGAAGCGCUUACCGAUAAGUCUCAUAUUCUCCCCACCAUCUUUAAAGAAUGGUGGGGAGAAUAUGAGACUUAUCCAGCCGACGUUAAAUUUACUUUUAGCAUGGAUACUGGGCACUUUACUCAGGUAGGUCAUGUUGUAUCUUUUAGUAUAAUAUAGUACUGUAUUUAUUAGUAUUUUCGAGUAUGAAAUAACAUAUUGAAAAUGUCAAGCAGUAACCUAUUAUAAUUCUGAUUUAUGUUACUUUCAAUGUUAAUUUAAGAUGGCCUGGGCCAACUCUAAGAAAAUUGGUUGUGCAGUGCACAACUGCACGAACGGCCAAGACUUGUUUGGUACUAGUGAUUGGACUUUUACUGUCUGUAACUACCUGCCCCGGGGUAACCUCCGCAAACAAGAUAUUUACAAAGCCGGAUCGUCUUGUUCUGAUUGUGACACUUGUAAUAAUGGAUUGUGCAAAAAUGGUGAAUCGCAAGCUUCAGAGGGAAAUGGUUCAAAACCGUCAAAGUCACAAGAUUCAGAAGCUUCAGAAGAUACAAGUGGUUCAGAAGAUUCAAAAGAUUCAGAGGAAAAGCCUUUUAAAUCUUCGGAUUUAGAAGAUUCAGAUGAUACAGAUUUUUAA